AUGAAGUUUUGCGAUCGAAUUCUCAUUGGUGAUGCCAAAUAUUCAAGCCAUCAUCUCAAGCUCAUCGAGCCCAACUCCUCAGAGGAAGACGCAUCUGCGCAUGCGUCUUCAGCGACACAACAAGAAUCUGAUUUCGAUUCAGAAAAUGAAUCAGCAAGACAAAAAAUCAACUUUAAAUUGCUUAUUGAAUCGCGAAAGCGACUCAAUAAAAGUGCCAAUGAAGCAGCACCAAACAAUAUUUUAUUGGAUGCUCAUCGUUUUAAUUUGGAUGAGCAGCACAGCCGAAGCCAGGUGAUCGACCCUUCAACUGGCCGUUUGUACGUUGGCGGUGUGAACAAUUUAUACGAUCUUCAUGCAUCUAGUCUUAGUGUCAAAGCACAUGCGGUUACCGGUCCCGAAGAGGACUCUUUAGAAUGUUUAAAUCGAGAAUCAUGUAAUCGUAAAACACCGCAUAAUUCCUAUACGAAAGGCUUGGCCGUAUAUGAGAAAGGCUCAAAGCUAAUCGAAUGUUCCAGUUUAUUUCAGGGUCGUUGUCGUUGGAGGAACCUUUAUAAUAUCGAUCAGAAGGAUGUAAUAAGGGAAUCGCAAAGAAAUGUUGUUGCGAAUGAUCGUUUCUCGUCGACGGUUAUUUUCGUAGGUGCUGGACCACCGAAUGACGAUGGAAUACCGAAAAUCAAUCAUAAUCAUAUGAUCAGUAUCUCGAUAUUGAAUUCGAUGUGGAUUACGGUAACGUUGGUGAUUGCAGAGGAUGUACUCUAUGUGGCCUCAACGUAUGCACAUAACGGAAGUUAUUGGGACGAUGUUCCGGCAGUUGCAUCACUAUCGCUCGCACAAGAAACUCUGUUCGAUGUGAGUGUGCAGGGCGUUGGAACAGGCACUGAAAUUAAAAUGGAACGACAGUUCAGGGGACAGUAUAAGAUCGAAUACGUCGGUGGUUUUCAAAGUGGUCGUUUUGCGUACUUUGCAACUCGUCAACCGAAAGGUUACAUACCCGGUGGGAAUACGUUCCCGAUAAUCUCGAAACUGGUUCGAGUCUGUACGUCAGAUGCACAUUUUUGGAGUUAUACCGAAGUUCCGUUGGAGUGUAGUCAAACGAAUGUCACCUACAAUCUGCUCACGGAUGUCUAUUUGUCAAAGCCCGGCUACGAUCUUGCCUCGUCACUCGGCAUCAGUGUUGAAGAUGAUAUAUUGUAUGCGGUAUUCGUUGAGGGAACGGGUGUGGAUAAAUCUGUUCCAUCGAUGCACAGUGCACUUUUUACUGGUAAAUUUCAGAAUCUGCCGUGGUUCAAAUCGGCCGAACGUUGUCAGCAAACGAAAUUCAGCGGUCAAGAGGUGCUCUGCGGUAAAGACGUGAACAGUUAUAUCGGUGGCGAUAUCGCCAUUGAAUCGAAACCUGUACUCAGCACUAGAAAGGCUCGAUUCACAGCCGUGGCCACGAAUACAACUCGCGCGAAUACGGUCGCUUUCAUUGGUACGCACGAUGGACGUCUACUUAAGGCGGUUGUUGAGAACCGAACAGCGGGCUUCAUUUACCGAUCGCUUGAUGUUGGUGGUGGUAAACCGAUAUUACAAGAUCUGGAAUUAGACGGUACCGGUGAUCAUGUGUAUGUGUUAACGCCAAGCUCGGUUAGUUAUGUCACUGUUCAGCUAUAA